AUGGCGCAGCAGGCAUCGCCCAUGGACGGCUGUGAUGAAGAAGGCGAGCCGGAAGAGGCCUCCAAAAAAAGACCGAAGGAAGCAAAAGCUUUCCGGCAAGUGGAAAAGAGACGAAAGACAGAGCAGGAAACGAAGGCACCGGCAGAAGACGCGCAGGAAGCUGAUGUCGCUGUCGAUGGUGAGGCUCCCACCGCCGCUGCUAAAUCCACUGCUGGUUCCGACGAGCUCCCUGCAUUGCUACUGUGUCAGCUAGGUGAUGCUGACCCGGCCGAAGGUGAUGCUGACCCGCCCGAAGAAGCUGCUGAUGCGAAGGAGAGUGUCACGGAAGCUGGCGACGAGAGCCACAAGGAGGAAGUGAAGGCUGAGCCUCACAAGGGUUCCCACUACCACCAGCUGCGUUUAGCAGAAAAGGCUGCCGACCUCAAGCUGGAGGAUGAGGGCCAGCACACUGUCUAUGUUGCAAACCUGGACUGGUCUGUCGACGAAGCUCACCUUCGCCGAGUCUUCAGCGAUGUGCGGGGCUGCGUCUGCUACGCUCUCGGACUUCGUCGGCACGCAAGUCAUGUGUGGCAGCUUUCUCUGCGCCAACGAGGAAGCCGAGCUGUUCAGGAAGCCAUAGAACUAUGCAGCAGCGAUGCAGAGCGUGAGGCCAUCGCGAAAGAACUCCAUGGGCACAUCUGGGAGGCAGUGCGGUGUCCCCAUGCCAACUUCGUUGUGCAACGCCUGAUUGUUGCAUUGCGGCCUGGAGCUUGCCAGUUCAUCAUUGAGGAAAUACUGCGGCCCGGUCCCAAAAGCAUCUGCUAUCUGGCGAGGCAUAAGUACGGCUGCCGCACUCUGCAACGCCUCCUGGAGCAUUGCAACCAUGUGCAGACCGCACCACUGGCCGAGGCAAUGCUGGCAGAGGUUGUGCCGCUGUCCAGACACCCUUACGGCAACUAUGUCCUACAGCAGCUGCUGGAGCAUGGCAGUUGUGCCCACCAGUCGCUGAUCAUCCAGCGGCUUUUAAAGAGUGUUGCCCUCAUUGGAUCGGACUCCAAUGGUGUGGCGGUGCUUCUCAAGGCCCUGGCGAAUGGAUCUCAAGAGGAACGAGUGCAGCUGGCUUUGGCCUUGAACCUGGAACCAGGCCUCAUUCUCUCCAUCGCCAGGAGCCGCUAUGGCCAUGCCGUUGCGCAGCUAGUGGUCAACUACUUGCCGGAGCCGCAGAAAGUGGAGCUUUGCAGAGAAGUGGCGGCACACUCGGAGGAGUUGCGUGCCUCGCGCUAUGGCCGACUCGUGCUGAACAACCUUGAAUCACAUGGCAGCCCGACGGACAUCGACCUUUCGUUGCAAAGUGAUGAGGAUGAGUGA